UCUGGCAUAUGUUCUGUACUGGCCAGCGGUUACCUUCGUGGUCCAACUUGGAAUGUUAACCACCUGGUCCAUAUUCAAGGUUGGGGAGAUUUCCAAAUAGGUCGUAUAUUUGCCCACGCUGAUCCACAUCCAUUGAAACAGAAUGAAAAAGCUGUUAUCAAAGAAGAUACGGCUCCAAAAGUGUUGGUGGUUGCCGAUGAGUCGCGACGUGAACCCCUUCAGUCAGAAAUUGUCCCAGAUCCAAUGGAUGCUGAACAGACAUGGCCUGACGAGUUCGAUAUUGCUGAUGAUGCCAAAUUGAAAAACGAGGCCGGCGUCCGUAAAGUGCCAAAGGGAACUUCAUCGUACCAAGCUGCAUGGAUUAUUGAUGACAAUGCUGACUCGGCCAGCGAUGAUGAUGAGGACAGCGCCGACGAGGAAGAAGAGGAAGAUCAUGUCAAUGAAAUGGAGAUGGAUGCAGCUACUGAAAUGAGUGAAGGGGAGGGUCGACAUAUUGAUGAAAGUGACGAUAUGAUGUCGGAAGUUGAUGACGGAGAUGAAGCUGAUGACCUUGACGAAGUGGAAAAAUAUCGUCGUGAAAGAGAAGAUGCGCAGUUUCCUGAUGAAGUUGAUACUCCCAUAAACGACCUCGCAAGAAUUCGUUUCCAGAAAUACCGUGGACUGAAAAGUUUCAGAACAUCUCCGUGGGAUGCCAAGGAGAACCUACCGUCGGACUACGCGCGAAUAUUCCAGUUUCAAAACUAUAAGAAAACAAAAAAGACAGUUCUUAGUGAAAUUGGUGAUUAUGAUUCUACAGCAUGCGUCUUUUCUGGGCAGUAUGUGACCCUGCAGAUCGAUAGAGUUCCGAUUACACUCGCUCAACAAUGGGACCCAUCUGCCCCCUUGAUCUUGUACCAGCUGUUGCCUCAUGAACAGCGUAUGUCUGUGUUAAACUUCGUAAUCCGAAAACAUCCUUCAUGUAAGGUUCCGAUCAUGAGCAAACAGAAAUUAAUCUUCAGUGUCGGAUUUCGUAAAUUUGAGGCGUCUCCCAUUUUCAGUCAGCACACUAAUGGAAACAAAUGGAACGUUAUUUGCCUGCGAAUGCGUGUUGCGUUGCUUCUGUCUUCGCGCCAAUUACUUUUCCUCCGGCAUCAGUCUUGGUAUUCCGUGAAGGCAAAGCAGGCAAAGAGAAAAAUGUCCAAAAAGAAAAGCAAUCCAUUACAAAUUAAUAAACGAUCGGUUGUUUGCCGUUACAUGUUCUUCAACAGAGAGGAUAUCGAAUGGUUCAAGCCAGUGGAAUUAUAUACACCAAGUGGCCGCCGUGGACAUAUAAAAGAAGCACUGGGUACACAUGGUCAUAUGAAAUGCCGAUUUGAUCAACAACUAAACGCUGCUGAUUCCGUAAUGAUGUCUCUUUACAAGAGAGUUCCCCAAGUAGGACGAUCAGGAAGUAAGGUUACUGCGUCGCAAGAAAGCGAGGCCAUGGACGAUUGA